GAACAUAGACUAAACUUGUAAUGAAUCUCUGACUCUGACAGUUUGACAUAACCUCAAUAAUUCAAAAAUAAAAAUAAACAGAACGGUAAUUCCCUCAGAGGUUAUUCCCCAUAAGAAGGACAAAAAGGGUAAUAACAUAUGAGUCAGAGGAAAUGAAUUGUGGAAGGAUGGUGAACAAUGUUAAGUCGAGAUAAAUCACAUUCAUAUAUUGGUAGUCUUAUAAAAUGUAAACACACAACCAUCUCUUUAAAAUGGUUGGUUAUGAUCCAAAAAAAAAAUUGACUGAGCUUGAUUACAUGUUUGCUGGUUCUGCAUCUGGUGUGAUUACUAGAUUGCUUUGUCAACCUCUUGAUGUCUUGAAAAUUCGUUUUCAACUGCAAGUAGAACCUGUUGUAAGAAAUGUCGCCAUCAGUUCCAAGUACCGAUCCAUUUUCCAAGCAACUAAUUUGAUAAUUCAAGAAGAGGGAAUAAAGGCAUUGUGGAAAGGUCAUGUACCAGGGCAACUUCUUUCUAUCUCUUAUGGAUUGGCACAAUUCACAACCUUUGAAGUUUUAACUAAGAAAUCGGCUAAUUUGGGAAUCACUCAGAAAUGGGAUGUAAUUGUGCAUUUCAUGUGUGGUUCAAUUUCUGGCUGCACUGCAACUUUUGUUUCAUUUCCUUUUGAUGUUGUAAGGACUAGACUGGUAGCUCAAAGUGAAUCAAAUAAAAUUUAUAAGAGUGUACCAGAUGCAUUCCAUCAAAUUGUGAAACAAGAAGGCCCCCUUGUUCUUUAUAGAGGUAUGUUACCUACUUUCAUGCAAGUAGGGCCGCAUGCUGGAGCUCAAUUCAUGUUCUAUAAGAUUUUUGAUAAAAUCUAUAAAAAUACUGUUAAAACAGAUGAAACAACAUUCACAAGUAGUACAGUAGCUGGAAGUUUGGCUGGCUUCUUUGCAAAAAUUGUUGUGUACCCUCUUGACUUGAUAAAAAAGAGAUUACAGAUACAAGGGUUCAAGAGAGGAGAGAUGUUUGGUGAAAACUUCAUUUGCAAUGGAAUGUUCAAUUGUAUGUCUCAAAUAUAUAAGAGGGAGGGCUAUAGAGGUUAUUUUAAAGGAUUGAAUGCUAGUUUAGUCAAGGCAGUUGCUACUUCUGCUUUGUAUUUUUCAAGCUAUGAAAUGGUUUGUGAGGCCAUUCAAAUAUAUCGAACCACCUAAAGAGUCCCUUCUAGUGAAAUCUCAUCAAAUUAUAAUGAAUAUUUGUGAUUUUGUCUUCCGAAUAACAUUAUUGUGAUGCCAAAAAAGUUUUUUGAUUUAUCGUAUAUGUAUGUAUUUUAUGUAUGGUUAAUUAUCACUAAUAUUCUAUUCAAAAUUCAUGAAGAAAUAUUUUUAUUUUAAAAAUCAUGUUAUAUUCAUCAUUCAGCUAUAAAUAUAUAAGUAAUGCACA